CGGACUUUCGAAGCAUCGACCAUGGCGAAACCAACGCUUUUCCCCAUCGCCUUCGCCCUCCUCCUCCUCCUCUUCCUCUCCUCUCUAUCGGCCUCGGAAACGGCGGCGGAGGAGAAGGAAGACGCAUCCGUAUACAUCGUCUUCGUCGAGGAGCCAGCGGGCGAGGAGCCCGAGGCUUUCCAUAUCCGAACCCUCGCUGCCGUCCUCGGGAGUGAGGAAGCGGCGGAGCAGGCGAUCCUCUUCCAUUACACGCACGCGGCGUACGGGUUCGCUGCCAAGCUGACUCCGAAACAGGCCGAGAAGUUAAAGAAGCAACCGGGUGUUCUCGAAGUUAUGCCGAGUCGGACUUAUAGCAUUCACGAUCCAACAACCUCUGCUAGUGCUCAGUUGAGUGUUAUUUGAUAACUGGAGGAUGCUUAAGUUCGUUUUCUUCUUAACUUGUCGAUGUCAGA